UUUUAGAAAACCUUUACUUUACCCUUCUAGAAGGCUCUAACAUCCGGAAAAUUCCGGAUUCCAACGGAGAUUCCGCCGGAAAGUAGGAAUUCUGAUGCCGGGGUCUAGCCAGGUAUUACAGAAAUAAUGAAAAACCUCAAUGGAGAAGGGAGAAAAAUGAAAGGUUAAAUCAAAAUUGCGCUGCUUGACAAAAAAGACCAAGCUGCGAUCCCGUUGGGGUCAAUCAAACCCGGCGGUGGAGGAUUGUGAAGAACGAUCAUCUCAUUACGAUGAGGAGCCCUAACACGAUAGAUAGAGGUAUCUAGAUAUUCCCGAGAAAAGAAGUUGGUAAGGGAAGCAGUAGUGAUGCAGGACCUCAGAUUCACAACAUCAAGAAGUCUAGAGACAACCAUUAGAGAAAGCAGAAGACGUACCUCGAAGGGAUUUCGCAGAAGAUGAGAGAGACAAAAUACAAAGAGAAAAGUGAGAAGAAGAGUCUGGAGAGAAAUGAGGAGUUUGAAUUUGAAAAGAGUAAGGGCAGAGAAGGGAUGUUUUGACAGAAGCCUCCCUUGGGCCGCGCGGGCAUAAUGGGGGCCUAGGGAUUUACCCCCUCAUCACUCAUGAAAUAACUGCUGAGGAGGUAAAGGGGCACUUGAUGACUGCCGGCCUUCUCACACCCGGGGUGAGGCCGGGCCCUAGAGAAGGAUAUAGGCCCAAGGCCCAUCAGGCUACUCUAAAGCAGACCGGCCCAACAUCGUAUGCUCUAGCCUGGUGACGUGAAGCAGGUCGGAUUGACCACAAGCGCAUGUUCACCAAAAGAUAACCUAGCCCAAUGACAUGAUAAGAGGUAAGAGAACAGGUCCAGCAUCUCGCAAUCCUAUCAGCAUGCGCGUCGGAGGGAAUUAAAUGGUCGCCUGACAGAGAAGAGUACGUUGGCAUGUCCGUACGUAUGGACCUGAGUGGCAGAGAGAUGUGGCACUGUAGUAGAGUAGCGGUUAUGCGUCACUAGAGAGCAAAAGAAAAAGGAAUAAAGAAGAAAGACGUGAUCAUUCCUGACUAAACUCAGCAAAAGGAAAAGGAAUAAAGAGGAAAGAUGUGAUCAUCCCUGACUAAACUCAUUCACAUGCGGACCUCUCUCCAACUCACUGCCUGCAAAUGACAAAAAAUCUCUGGGAUUUUGCUCGCUGGCUUCGGUGGGACAUAAUUCUGUCUAUUAUUGCCAUUGGAGCUGAGGCCAUAUCAGCAGCACUUGAGCAGACCUCUCCACAUAAGGUGAAAGCUGCAAGAUAUGGAGUGAUUAUGGCCAUUUUUUCUGUCCUCCUAACAUUUGCAGACCUUGCUUGCAAUAAGUAUAUGCUCAUACGGGACAAAAAUACAAGGCCAAAUAAAAAUCAUCACGAGUUUAGGUGGGAGUUUGCAGAUUCUUUUGGCUCUAUAAGCUCUAUAUUAACCCUCAUUUCUUCUUGCCUCUAUUACAACUUUCUGAGUAAUGGCAAGCAACAGCCAAUACAGUUCUCAACGAUACCUCUUGCCUUCUCUGUUUGUGUGUUCUGCUCCAGAGUUCUUCGACAACCCAGCCAUAAGCAUAAACCUAUUUUUGUCUUGAACUGUAAGCUUUUGGAUCUCAUAAAUCUAGAUAUAGAAUCUGGCAGGAUAUUAUUUGACAAUGAUGAAUCUACGCAAUUUGGUUGCCCAGUGUGCCAGAUAGAACAGAUACAUCCAUAAGACGUUUUACUCCAUUCCUCAGGUGUUUCUUUGUCUAUCAAAUAACUUUCCAUGAGAAAAAAUUAUUACACAUCAUACUAUUAAAUAUUAAUCAUUUAUUAU